UACACAGCAUCCAUAUUAGUGUGAAGUAAGCUUUCAAAAAAUUUCGUAUCUAACGUAACGUUGGAACUCCUACGUAUUCAAAAGAUCAUUCUACCGUUAGUCCUCGCGUGUGUCGUUUAUCUCGCGAUUAAACACUACUGGACAUUUUUUUUUCAAACGUGUAAAAAUUAAAUCAACCAAAGAACGAUCGUUUUAUUCGCUGUGAUUUUUCUUUCGACGUGAAAAUUCGUAUACUUUUGUGUUGAGUGUGGUUAAUUAUUUAAAAGUGCUUCUGAAAAACCAACUCGUAAUCCGUGAAUUUAUUUUAAUCGUUCGCAGUAUCAAAGAAUGAUUCUAAAGUGAAAUCAUAAAGUGAUUUUAUGAUUUGCUAGAAUUGUUCGUCGAACAAUGUCUUUAAACUGUUGCCAAACGUGCUGCCACACAGAGCAUAUAAAAAUACCGGCCGAUUUAACCCAGCAGUCGAAUUUACUCAAGGGCCACGGAGUCAUCCACGUAUCAACUUUCUAUAAAGACGCUGUAGAUGGUAAAUUCAUAAGUCAUUUGUACGAUGACGCGAAGACAGUUUACGAAACAUUCCGCAAAGGGGCCAAAUUAUCAGGAAAUGGACAUUGCGUCGGUUUCAGAGAUAGUAUUUCAAAGCCUUACAGCUGGCUUCGUUACAAUGAUAUGUUGACAAGAAUCCACCAUUUUGGAUCUGGUUUGAUCCUGCUAGGAUUACAACCAUCGCCUCAGACCUUCUUAGGAAUAUACAGCGACAACAGUCCAGAAUGGGUGAUCACCGAACACGCAGCGUAUUCUUACUCAAUGGUACUGGUAUCUUUGAACGAUACUUUAGGACCAGAUGCUUGCGCAUUUAUAAUAAAUCAAGCUGAAAUCAGCGUCAUAGUCGUAGACAGCGAUUCGAAAUGCAACCAGUUACUCGAUCGAGCACCCAAAUGUUUGAAAAAAUUAAUCACCACCAGAGACGUUCGAUCACCAACCGUACAGCGAGCUAAAAGCAGAGGAAUCGAUAUUAUCAGCUACCAGAGUGUAGAAAAACAAGGAGCAGCUAGACCUCAUCCAGAACGACCUCCGAAACCUUCGGAUUUAUGUACAGUUUGUUAUACGUCUGGAACGACAGGAAAUCCUAAAGGUGUAAUGUUGAGUCAUGCGAAUGUCGUGGCAGCCAUAUCAGCCGUACUAUUACAACUCGGUGAUUAUAAACCAAUCAGUUCUGAUUUAAUGAUCUCGUAUUUACCAUUGGCUUAUAUGCUAGAACGUUGUUGUCAGAAUGGCAUGUACUUGGUCGGAGGCAGAGUAGGAUUUUUCAACGGUAACAUGAAAUACUUAACGGAAGACUUGAAAAUCCUCAAACCAACAGUCAUGCCGGCUGUUCCUCGACUCCUCAAUCGUAUCUACGAGAACGAAAUGGCCAAAAUACGACCCUCGUUUAUAAAACGACUCCUAUUCAAUAUCGCCAUGAACGUUAAACACAAUCAAUUAAAAAGAGGAAUAAUACAGAAAAAUGGUUUAUGGGAUAAACUAGUAUUUCGAACAGUCCAACAAAACUUGGGCGGAAGACUGAAACUGAUGAUCGUCGGAUCUGCACCUUUGGCCGGAAACAUUCUCACUUUCAUGAGGUGUGCUUUAGGAUGCAUGAUUCUAGAAGGAUACGGGCAAACUGAAUGUGUAGCUCCUAUCACCUUGACCGUAAAUGGCGACUGUACAACCGAACACGUGGGUCCACCUAUCGCCUGUAAUGCCAUCAAACUAACCGACGUACCGGAAAUGGAGUACUUUUCAUCGUGCAAUCAAGGAGAAAUAUGUGUGAAAGGGACCAAUGUUUUCCUAGGAUAUUUCAAAGAAUUCGAUACAACUUUACAAACUGUAGAUGAAAGUGGAUGGCAUCAUACUGGAGAUAUUGGAACUUGGUUACCGAAUGGAACAUUGAAGAUUAUUGACAGAAGAAGACAUAUAUUUAAAUUAGCUCAAGGAGAGUACGUUGUACCAGAUAAAAUCGAAAGUGUUUACAUGAGAAGUCAAUACGUUCGACAAAUAUUCGUUUAUGGAGAAUCGUUGAAAUCCAGUAUAAUCGCUAUUGUAAUCCCAGACGUCCACGUAGUGAAAAGCUGGGCUCUAGAGCGAGGUUUACCCAACACGUUAUCAGAUUUAUGCGAAAACGAAGAAGUCAAAAAGGUCAUCUUAGAAGAUAUGACAGUCUGGGCUAAAGAAGCCGGACUUAAAUCCUUCGAACAAGUAAAAGAUAUUUACUUACAUCCAGAUCCGUUUUCCGUCCAGAAUGGGUUACUAACACCGACGUUCAAGUACAAACGACUCCAAUUAAAAUCGUACUUCAAGCCGCAGAUCGAAGACAUGUACAAAAAAUUAGGAUAAUUUAGACCAACUUCAUCGAAACUCCUUCAGCAGCAACCUAUAGUUACCUGAAAUUUCAUACAGAAGAAAAAUUCGAUUCAAUUUUUUACAAUCUACGAGUACCUACUUUUAAUUCGAUUCUUUUUUUACUGCAUUUUAUAUAUUUUCGUGUAUAUAUUUAAAAUUGUCUUCGUAUACUUCGCGAAGCGGAGAAUAUAUUCGUAGCCGUUUGAUCUCGUCAGCCAAUCGAAGUGAAAGAGAAAUCAUUUGGUCGCAGAAUAUAUUCGUUUAUAUGGUACAUUGAGAAAAAAAAUUAUAGAAUUAUGAAUAGUUAAUAAUUAUUAGGAAACGGUGUUGUAAUAUCCAUUAUGAAUAAAUAUUUAACAAGA